AGAGGAAAAUAAAAAUUAAACAUGUCUUUUGGGGGCUCAUGGUUGGCUCAAGGAUUAGAACCGACUAUAGUAAUAAAUAGGAUUUUACAAUUUUUUUUUGACUUUGGGGAGUUGGGGAGGGGAGCAGUUGGGUUUGAAUUCGAGACCUCACUGCAUACAGGAGGUCGCACCGCUUGGUGUCCUCUUGAGGACAUGAUUUUACAAUUUUAAUUCCAUAUUACAGUAUUUUUAAAAUUAUACCUGUAGAUAACAAUUUUAAUCUUCUAAUUGAAUUUAUAUACACAUUAGUCUUUCUUUGUAAAUGUUCAAUUAGAAAAUUUAAACCAUUUUUCCGCCUAUGUGGUGUUUGUAAAUUGUACCGUCUUUAAACCUUCCGCCGCUGCUGGCUUUCCGUGCGCCACCGCGAGGGGCGGACGAUAUGGUAAAUCUUGCCUCCCAAAUCAGCCGCCUCUUAAUCCUCCGUCGUCACGACGCCCUCAGAAGCCUCUCUUUCACUUUCUCCGACCACCUCGUGGACGCAGUGCUAAAAAAUCUCAAGCUUCAUCCAGUGGCCGCGCUUCACUUCUUUCAUCUAGCCUCCAAAGAGAAUCACUUCAGACCUCAUUUCAAAUCCUACGUCAAGAUCGUCCAUAUUUUGUCAAAUGCCCGAAUGUUUGAUGAAACGCGGUUGUAUUUACGUGGUCUCGUGGAGCUGGCGGAGAGGGACCAUCUUCCAGUUUCUCUGAUAUAUGAUGAAUUGGUGGCUGUUUUUAGGGAAUUUAGGUUUUCUGGAACUGUUUUUGAUAUGAUGAUGAAAACUUAUGUGGAGAGGAGGCUGGUGAAGAAUGCCUUGUACAUGUUUGAUAAUUUGCCUAAAUGUGGUCGUGUGCCGAGCUUGCGAUCGUGUAAUGGUUUGCUGAGCUGUUUAGUUAAGGACAAGGAUUUUCAUGCCGUUUCUUGUGUUUAUGAUCAGAUGAUAAGAGUUGGGGUUGCUCCGGAUGUGUAUACUUGUGCCAUAAUGGUGGAUGCUCACUGUAAAGAUGGCAGACUUGCUAAAGCACUGGAGUUUGUGGUAGGCGUGGAGAGUAUGGGAUUGAAAAUGAAUGUUGUGGUCUAUAAUAGCUUGAUCAAUGGGUAUGUGGAGAAGAGGGAUAUGCAAGGGGUGGAGAAAGUGCUGGAGUUAAUACGUCAGCAAGGAAUUUCCAAGAAUUUGAUAACUUAUACACUGUUGAUUAAGGGUUAUUGUAAAAUAGGGAACCUUGAUCAAGCAGAUAGAAUAUUUAGAGAGAUGAAGGGAGAGACUGGACUCACAUUAGUUUUGGAUGAAAAGGUGUAUGGUGUAUUAAUUGAUGGAUAUUGUCGUAAUGGAAGACUGGAUGAUGCCGACAGAGUUAAGAAUGAGAUGCUGAGUUUGGGAUUGGGAAUGAAUAUGUUCAUCUUCAAUUCUUUGAUUAAUGGGUACUGCAAACUUGGUCAACUUCGUGAAGCGGAGCGUGUUAUAGUGAGUAUGGUUGAAGCUAAUUUCAAACCGGAUGGUUAUAGCUACAAUACGUUAUUGGAUGGAUACUGUAAAAGAGGGAUGAUUGCUGAAGCACUUAAGCUUUGCCGUCAAAUGACUAGUGAUGGUGUACAUUCAACAAAUAUAAGUUACAACACUCUGUUAAAAGGUUUAUGCCAGUAUGGUGAUAUGAACGAUGCUUUGUCGUUGUGGGAAAUGAUGCUCAAGAGAGGUUUGGUUCCUGAUGAAGUUGGAUUUAGUACACUUCUCCAUGGUCUUUUCAGAAAGGGAAACUCGAAUAAAGCUUUCACAUUGUGGAAACAUGUUUUAGCAAGGGGCUAUGCAAGAAGUACUAUUCUGUGCAAUGCAAUGCUCAAUGGGCUAUGUAAAAUGGGAAUGAUGAUUGAAGCAGAGCAAAUUCUUGAAAAGAUGAUAGGAAUGGGUUGUUCACCAGAUGCGAUGACCAAUAGAACCUUGAUAGAUGGAUAUUGCAGAGCUGGAGAUAUUAAAAGAGCUUUUAAAAUUAAAGAUGCCAUGGAUGCAGAGGGAAUUCCUGCUUCGCUUGAAAUGUAUAAUUCACUGAUUCAUGGAUUAUUCCAAGCUGAGAAAUCAAAUGAAGUAUCAAAUAUGCUCUCUGAGGUCCAUGCAAAAGCACUGAGCCCUAAUAUUAUUACUUAUGGAGCACUGAUAAGUGGUUGGUGUAAAGAAGGGAACCUGAAGAAAGCUUUUGAUGCUUAUUUUGAGAUGAGAGGCAAAGGAAUUUCCCCAAAUGUGUAUAUAUGCAGCACAAUCAUCAGUGGGUUAAACAGGCUUGGUCGGACUGAUGAAGCAAAUAUGUUGGUACAGAAAAUGGUAGAUUUAGAUGUUGUCCCAGACCUUAAACAUUUUUACCAGUCUUUUAACUUCAACAGACUUCAGACAGAAACACAGAAAGUUGCAAAUUCCCUCGAUGAAAGUGCUCAAAGAUGCAUCAUUCCCAACAACAUUCUAUAUAACGUAGUUAUAUCUGGCUUAUGCAAAAGUGGAAAGACUGACGAUGCUAAAAAAAUUAUCAGUGAUCUGUCGCAAAGAGGCUUCACUCCAGAUGAGUUUACAUACUCAACCCUUAUCCACAGCGCUUCCAUCUCGGGUGCCACUGAUGAAGCUUUUCUUUUACGGGAUGAGAUGCUGAAAAAGGGUAUUUCUCCUAAUAUAGUAAUAUAUAAUGCUCUUAUAGGUGGCUUAUGUAAAUCAGGAAACCUUGACCGUGCAUUGAGGCUUUUCCAUAAACUUCACAUCAAAGGUUUAGUUCCGAACCUCAUCACCUAUAAUAUAAUAAUUGAUGGCUGUUGUAAGAGAGGUAGCACCAGUGAAGCCCUUAAACUUCUGGGGAGAAUGAUAAAGGAAGGGGUUGCUCCUUCAGUCAAAACAUAUUGUGCAUUUCUCAGUAGUCUCUUACAGCAGGGAAAUGUGAAAGAAUACCUGAAACUUUUAGUUGAAAUGCACAAGGAGGGCCUUGCCACGGACUCUAUUAGGCAUUGCAGAUCAUUUGAAGAUGUUACCGUUGCUGCUGAAGCACUGAGCUGAGCUUAUGACUGAUACUACAAGAUAAUGUUGUUCAUAUGCCAGUCUCUCUUGAAAGAGAAGGUCUUUGAUAUAUGCAACUUAGCUUCUGCAAGGCUCACCAACUGGCAACUGGCCCUAUCCUAAGGGAAAACAGUGAUAAACAAGAGAAAAUGGGCUAAUUUACUAGUAGAAAAGCUUUGAAUCCAGCAGCAGCCUUCUCUUCCCCAACUGCCAGGAUGCCCCUUGUUUCACAAGUAUAUGGUGUAAUGCCAAAGGCAAGCUUACUUCUUUUCUUCGUUGUACAGUAUAAACUGAUAAUACAAUACAUCCUUGGUUUGUAUUACAUAGUUCGGUCCAAAGUCUAGUCAGUUGGAACUCAACUACACAAAUAUGAAAUGGCAAAAACUUGUGUACAUCUGUGUAUUCGCCCUAAUUUAAUCCAAUUAGGAUUUGUUAAUCCUAUUCCUCA